ACUUUUAUCAAUCACAAGUAUCACAAUUGCACGUGGAUAACUGCGUGUCGCUGUUAUCAGCUGUCUUGUACAUCGAUGGGUUUCAGUGACUUCAGUGGAAUGCAAUCGAUCCGGUCGAGGCCCUCUUCGAUCUGACAGAUCGCCAUGCUAUCAUGAAUGCCACGGGCAGUAACAGCAGCGUGAACGGCUGCGACAGCAAUAACACGGCCGCGGGCAUCGCGGGCGCACACGGCAACAGUGCCCGUCUGCAGAGCGUGAUCGGCAAGCAGAGCAGUUGCGUGCGCAAGAUGAGCACGAUGCCGGAGGAGGAAGAUGCCCCGGAUGACAUGGAUCCUGACGUGAUAAGGAUAGCGCAUCAGCACUAUCACCAGCAUCAUCAUCACCACGACGCCGAUUCGGAUUCGCCGUCCGAGGAAAGGGGCCGUUUGUUGAACGUUACCGAGGGUACACCUCGUAAGAUCACCGUAACCCCGACCAAUUUAACCAACCUACACUGCAACGGCGUCAAGAAGAACAUCCCUCGAAACGACAGCAGCAACAGUAUCCACGAGAAAACUUACCCGCGACACCAGCAGCAAUCGAAACCAGGUGACCAAGUUGGUCAACCGGAGAACCGUCUUCAUCGCGACGUUCAGCAAGGUGUCUUCAGAUCCGUACGUGGGAUCGACACGCACGGGAAUCGGUAUCGUUACUCCAGCGUGAGAUCGGUCAAGUCUAAUCCGACGAUGGACGACCAUCAACAUCAGUAUUAUCCACCAGCGGCCAGCUGGGCAUCGAUCGUGUUCUCCGAGGGAAACGGACAAACCCACGUACGACCGUUUCCCGAUUCCGUCUCUAUACGCUCUCUGGCAUCGAUCGGCAUGGGUUCUUCCGACGGCCGGAAGCUCACGAUACGUAGAGUUCCCACUUCGCCGUCAGAGCUGCUUAACCUGGUACAUCCGCCGCCAUCAUUUGAGGAUGAUCUCUCGAUGUGUACCAGCUUCGACGAUGCGGACGCCGAGGACUCUGGGGACUACAGGCAACCGAAACGACCACACUGGGCAAACAAAGUACAGUUUGUCCUUGCUUGUAUCAGUUACUCUGUUGGUCUCGGAAAUGUUUGGAGAUUUCCUUACCUAUGCUACAAAAGCGGCGGUGGUGUGUUCUUGAUACCUUACUUCUUAAUACUUAUUGUAUGCGGAGUACCGUUAUUGUACAUGGAACUUAGUAUUGGACAAUUCACACGACGAGGACCGAUCGGUGCUCUCGGUCAAAUUUGUCCUUUGUUUAAAGGGGCUGGCUUGUCUUCGGUAGUAAUAUCAUUUUUGAUGUCGACCUAUCAUAAUGUGAUAAUAGCCUACGCCAUAUAUUAUUUCUUUGCGGCGUUCAGAGCAAAGCAACCGUGGUCCGCCUGCGAUAACUCGUGGAAUACGUUUGCCUGCUGGUUACCCACUUAUGUCGCCAUCGACAAUCGAACACGGCCAAACGCUUCUAGAACGCCAUCCGAAGAAUUUUUCGACAACAAAGUACUACAGAUUAGCGAAGGAAUCGAAGCAUCAGGAGCAUUGAGAUGGGAGCUCGUUGCUUGUUUAAUUACUGCCUGGAUUAUGGUGUACUUCUCUGUUUGGAAAUCGAUAAAAUCAUCGGCAAAAGUGAGAUACCUGACUGCAACUCUACCAUUUAUUUUAAUCGUCGUCUUCCUUACGCGGUCCCUUACCCUUGAAGGUGCUGACAAGGGUUUGCAAUUUUUCUUCCACCCUCGUUGGGAACUGCUGAGCGACGCGAAGGUAUGGAUCAACGCAGCCGCUCAAAUAUUCAACUCAGUGGGCAUAGCAUUUGGCUCAAUGAUAUGUUUCGCGAGUUACAACAAAUUCCACAACACCAUCUUAGUGGACAGUGUGGCUGUUUCGCUUAUAAACGCGUUCAGCAGCCUACUCGUUGGAAUAUUUUCAUUUGCCACCAUUGGCAACAUCGCUCUGGAACAAAAUAUGUCUGUCGAAGCUGUCCUAACAGAUGGACCAGGCCUCGUAUUCGUCGUUUACCCCCAAGCGCUAGCCAAGAUGCCAGCAUCACAAGUGUGGGCCGUGUUAUUCUUUUUUAUGCUAGUCUGCCUUUCUUUGAAUAGUCAGUUUGCAAUAGUGGAGGUGGUCGUCACGUCGAUUCAAGAUGGCUUCCCGAAAUGGGUAAAGCGUCAUUUAGUGUGUCAUGAAAUGUUAGUACUUUUAGUAUGCGUCAUAUCCUUUUUGUUUGGCCUCCCUAACAUCACACAGNNUGGCAUUUACUUUUUCCAAUUAAUAGACCACUAUGCAGCCUCGAUAUCGAUAAUGUUUCUGGCCUUCUUCGAAGUAAUAGCGAUAUCUUGGUGUUACGGAGUAAGACGACUGUGUAAUAACGUGAAAGAGAUGACUGGACGCAAACCGUCCACGUACUUCCGUUUUUGUUGGCUUAUUGCAGCACCACUUCUCAUCAUGGCUGUAUGGGUAUUCAGCUUAAUUGAUUAUGAACCACCGACUUACCACAAUGGCGAAUACAAGUACCCAUGGUGGGCAGAGGCGAUUGGCUGGGGAAUAGCUUCUCUUUCUCUCAUUUGCAUUCCCUCUUUCGCUAUCUACGAGUUCAUUAAAGCGAACGGCAACACUUUUCUGGAGAAAUUACGAAACUCCAUCAAACCGCAUUUCGAGGCGUGCAAAGUGUGCGGCCAGGAAUACUGUACCGAGCCUAUGCACAAUUUCGAGGAGGAAGUGAUCAAAGAGCAACAGGAAGCAAACAGUCCGAUACAAUUGAACACGAAUAAUUUUCUUCCUAAAUCUCAGAUAUGACGUGAGAUGGAAGACGAAUGAAAAUCACGGGUACCUUACCUUCGUACAAAGCGUUUUCGACGAUGAAUUAAAAAGAAAAAGCGUUUUAGAUACAUAGAAGCAUAGGUAGAAUUGAGAUGUCGUUUAAUUUUCUUGUUCUUUGUUAUUAUCAUGUAUCAUAUUGUGAGUUUACUAGUAAAUAUUUAUUGAGCGUAUAAAAAGUGUCGGACGUUGGGAGUUUACCGGAUGAUUUGUGCCAAUCUAAAUUCACCAACUCUUAUAGUAAACAGGCAAUUUAACGUAGAAGAUCAUUGUAUUGCUCAAACCUAUUCAACGUUGACAUUAUACUCUGGUAAACGAGUGAAUUUAAGAUAAGAUUAAUUAUAUUCA